CUUUCCGACUUGGCCACCCUCGGAAUUCUGCACCAUAGGCACGCAAACACCGACGACGCAUUUUCCUCCCCUUUUGGCGUCACAGCCAUUGCGAGGGUGCGAGGCAGAGGGGCGACGAGCCCUGAAAAGAAGAAAGAACGAGCGGCAAUUCCGCUCUUGCCGCAGUUCCCGACCUCACACCGUCAACUUGCCCGCCGAUACCAUCUCCGCCAUCUCCGCCGUCAGCCGCGAUUAUGUUUCGCUCCUCGGCGCGCCAGCUAGCCCGCUGUGCGAGGUCUCCGCUAAGACCUCUACCGAGCCCCGCAUUCCGAGCUGCCCGCUUCCCCCGAAACGCGCCCGCUGCAGCACUCCUCAGGCCCAGAUUCAGCUCAACAAACCCCCAAAGGCCCGACUCGAGGGACGAGAAUCAGCCUUCGGGGACACACCAUGGUUCCCGCCCAGAGGCGCCACAGGAACUCCUUCCUCCCGGCUUUGUCCGCCUGAACAAGGAGGAGCUCGAGCUGGUUCGGGACAUGAUAAGGCGAUUUCCUCAUAACAACACAAGUGAGGACCUAGAGAAGCUUCAGGCGCUCCAUAAGUUUGUCGAGCGCGUUGGUGUCCCAAUAGAGCUUCGAGAUAUUCUCCAGUCAGCAGCGAAGGAUGGCCGGAUCGGCAUGAUGAAUGCGUUGAAGGUUCCCAAAAUUCUUUUCAAAGUAGCCAACGAAUUCGCCAAUUUCGCUGUCAGAUCGCAGGCGGAUUCAAAACUCGAUUUCACUUCCAACAAACCAAGCGAAGGCGGACAAGUCGGCUCCGCUUCGGGUAACCGGGAAGGGUCCGGGCAACAGCCCCAGCAGCAGCAGCAGGAGGAGAAGGGACGGCCGCAGGAACAACCGCGACAGGAACAUCAGCCAAGUGAACAGCAGUCAAGUGAACAGCAGCCGCAGGAGCAACGACAACAACAACAACAACAGGAUCAACAGCUGGGGCAGUCGGGGCAGACGCACCAACAACAACAGCAAAAAUCACACCAGCACCAGCGGCAGCACCAGCAAGAGCACCAGCAAGAGCAACAGCAACAGCAACAGCAACAGUCGCAACAAAAGAGACAGAAGGGUCAGAAAGAUGCUCCGCCGCCUCCUCAGGGCAUGGACGCUUCCGACGUGAUAUCGUGGGUUGUAGCGGCUGCUGUCCUGUACCCCUUUUAUACAAUGAUCUUCCCCGGCGAGACAGUCCGUGAGAUUACGUGGCAAGAAUUGCGGACCAACUUUCUCGAUAAAGGCCUAGUCGAGAAGCUCGUCGUCGUGAAGAAUCGGGUGAAGGUGGAGCUGAAUCGCGAAGCUGUCCGGGCCGUGUAUCCCGACUCGCAAGCGGCCAACCCCAACUUUACCUAUUCCUUCACCAUCGGCUCUGUAGACGCCUUUGAAAGGAGGCUGGACGAGGCCCAGAACGAGCUUGGGAUCCCGUCGACGGAGAGGAUACCCGUCAGUUACGCCAGCGAGGGCCUGGCUACGAACCUUCUAAUGGCGUUUGGGCCGACGCUGCUGUUUGUUGGGCUGCUCGCCUUGCUGUCCCGCAGGGCCAGCAGCAUGGGCGGCGCCUCAGGCGGCAUGUUUGGCUUCGGCAAAAGCAAGGCCAGAAUGUUCAACCACGACACGGCCGUCAAGGUUAAGUUUUCUGACGUGGCGGGUAUGGAUGAGGCCAAGGUUGAAAUUAUGGAGUUUGUCAGCUUCUUGAAGACGCCCGAACGGUUCCAGAGGUUGGGCGCCAAGAUCCCCCGUGGUGCUAUCCUGUCUGGUCCUCCUGGUACCGGCAAGACUCUGCUCGCCAAGGCGACGGCUGGCGAGUCACAGGUGCCCUUCUUCAGCGUCAGCGGCUCCGAGUUUGUCGAGAUGUUUGUUGGUGUUGGCGCCUCCCGCGUCCGAGAUUUGUUCGCCACUGCACGAAAGAACGCCCCCUGCAUCAUCUUCAUCGACGAAAUCGACGCUAUUGGGAAGUCGCGUGCUGAAAAUAGCGGGUUCCGGGGCGGCGGCAACGACGAGCGAGAAGCCACGCUCAACCAGAUUCUGACGGAAAUGGACGGCUUCAACACAUCGGAGCAGGUGGUGGUGCUUGCCGGCACAAACAGGCCCGACAUUUUGGACAAGGCUCUGAUGCGCCCUGGCCGGUUCGAUAGGCAUAUCCACAUCGACAGGCCCACCAUGAAGGGUCGUCAAGACAUCUUCAAGGUGCACCUGGCCAAGAUCCUCACAAAGGAGGACAUGGAAUACCUCACAGGACGCCUUGCAGCUUUGACGCCCGGUUUCGCUGGUGCCGAUAUUGCGAAUGCCGUCAACGAAGCCGCUCUCAUCGCUGCAAGAGCAAAUGCCGCCAGUGUCGAGAUGAUCCACUUUGAGCAGGCCAUCGAGCGCGUCAUUGGCGGUCUCGAGCGCAAGUCAUUGGUUCUUAGUCCAGAGGAGAAGCGGACUGUGGCCUACCAUGAGGCCGGCCACGCUAUCUGCGGCUGGUUCUUCCGGUGGGCGGAUCCGCUGCUCAAGGUUUCCAUCAUUCCCCGUGGCCAGGGCGCUCUCGGAUAUGCCCAGUAUCUGCCGUCGGGCGACGCGUACCUGAUGACGACCAACCAGCUCAUGGACCGCAUGGCCAUGACGCUGGGUGGCCGCGUCUCUGAGGAGCUGCAUUUCCCGACUGUGACAACUGGUGCGAGCGACGAUUUCAAGAAGGUGACACGCAUGGCCACGACCAUGGUGACGCAGUGGGGCAUGUCGGAGAAGUUGGGGCCGCUGCAUUUCGACAAUGAGCCGAACCAGCUGCACAAGCCAUUUGCCGAGUCGACGGCGCAGACGAUUGAUGCCGAGGUUCGGCGCGUCGUCGACCAGGCGUACAAGCAAUGCAAAGAUCUCCUCACGGCCAAGAAAAAGGAGAUUGGUAUUGUCGCCGAGGAGCUGCUGCGCAAGGAAGUGCUCACGCGCGACGAUCUGGUACGCCUGCUGGGGCCCCGCCAGUGGCCAGAGAAGGAAGAGUUUUCCAAGUUCUUUGAUGGACGCGAUGGGAAGAGCGCCCCUCCGCCGUUCCCGACGGAAAACACUGACUCGCCCAAUGAUGUCCAGCCGGCCCUCUUUGAAAAGCACACCGGUGCCGGGAGGUGAGACGGAUAAAGGGGGACAUUAUGCCGGCGACGGUUGGGAGGAAAGAAAAAGCUUACCGGUUGUAUCCUGGGCGUCUUGGACCCCAUGAAAAGAUAAGAGAAAGAUUCUGGGAUUCCCCAUUUUGACUCACCUCACAUAUCUGUAUAAAUAUGGCGCAACAGUGGAAAGGGAUGCCCCAGAAAGAGGCAACCUGUUAUGUACAUUUGGUUUUACUCGAUGGGCUUUGUUUCUUCGUGUGGGAACGAGCGUGAAGCCGUCGGGCGCGAGCUUGCAUACAAAUAGACUCAAAAGCAUCCCUGCAGAAGCCUGGAGCAUUAGCUCUUCCCUUCACCUGAGAUGAACGGAUUUGCUUUCGUGUUGGGAUGGAGCAGAUGUUGGUCGGGGAGGAGGGAUAAAUGUUGUACGAUACUACUAUUACUGGCCUUGGGGCCUACCUUACUCCUUUUGUUUGUUUAUGUAAAGCUGUAUAUACCUACCUCAUGGCUACCAAAUUUGUGG